AUGAUCCGAAUCUUUCCGGAUUUCAGCGUGCAGGUGACGGCCGCGGCGGCCGGCGGGGCAGCCGCUGGGGUACCGGCCGGUGCAGGCAUGGGGAGGGCCGGCACCGCGGCCAACGGCACCCCGCAGAACGUCCAGGGCAUCACCUCCUACCAGCAGCGAAUAACUGCGCAGCAUCCCCUGCCCAACCAAUCAGAAUGUAGGAAAAUCUACAGAUAUGACGGAAUCUACUGUGAAUCUACCUACCAGAAUUUACAAGCAUUGAGAAAGGAGAAAUCCAGAGACGCUGCACGCUCCCGCCGGGGAAAAGAAAACUUUGAGUUCUAUGAAUUGGCCAAGUUGUUGCCCCUCCCAGCAGCCAUCACCAGCCAACUCGACAAGGCAUCCAUCAUCCGACUCACAAUUAGCUAUCUCAAAAUGAGGGACUUUGCCAACCAAGGGGACCCUCCGUGGAACUUGCGGAUGGAAGGCCCUCCUCCAAACACCUCAGUAAAAGGGAUACAAAUGUGGAAAUCUGAACUCUGCAUGAGAAAGACACCAUGCGAAGGUGCACCGCGAAGGAGAAGCCCCAGCGCACUAGCCAUUGAAGUGUUUGAAGCACAUCUGGGAAGCCACAUUUUGCAGUCUCUGGAUGGCUUCGUAUUUGCACUAAAUCAAGAAGGAAAAUUUCUAUACAUUUCCGAAACAGUCUCUAUCUACCUAGGCCUCUCACAAGUGGAGCUGACAGGAAGCAGCGUCUUUGACUAUGUCCACCCUGGGGACCACGUGGAGAUGGCAGAGCAGCUGGGCAUGAAGCUCCCGCCUGGGCGGGGUCUCCUCUCCCAGGGCACCACAGAGGACGCAGCCAGUUCAGCAUCUUCCUCCUCUCAGUCAGAGACCCCUGAGCCAGUGGAGACAACCAGCCCCAGUCUGCUAACCACCGACAACACCCUUGAGCGGUCCUUUUUCAUCCGAAUGAAAUCCACUCUGACCAAACGCGGAGUACACAUCAAGUCGUCAGGAUAUAAGGUGAUUCACAUAACAGGCCGGCUUCGCCUCAGAGUGUCGCUGUCCCACGGGAGGACCGUCCCCAGCCAAAUCAUGGGUCUUGUGGUGGUGGCUCAUGCCUUGCCUCCUCCUACCAUCAAUGAAGUCAGGAUUGACUGCCAUAUGUUCGUCACUCGAGUAAACAUGGACCUCAAUAUCAUUUACUGUGAAAAUAGGAUUAGUGACUACAUGGAUCUGACCCCUGUAGACAUCGUAGGGAAAAGAUGUUACCAUUUCAUCCAUGCCGAAGACGUAGAGGGCAUCAGACACAGUCACCUGGACUUGCUGAAUAAGGGUCAGUGUGUGACGAAGUACUAUCGCUGGAUGCAGAAGAACGGAGGCUACAUCUGGAUACAAUCCAGUGCCACCAUAGCAAUUAACGCCAAGAAUGCGAACGAGAAGAACAUCAUCUGGGUGAAUUAUCUUCUUAGUAAUCCUGAGUACAAGGACACGCCCAUGGACAUUGCUCAGCUCCCGCAUUUGCCAGAGAAAACUUCAGAAUCUUCUGAGACAUCGGACUCUGAAUCAGACUCUAAAGACACCUCAGCAGAGGACAACGAGAACUCCAAGUCCGACGAGAAGGGCAAUCAGUCGGAGAACAGCGAAGACCCGGAACCCGACCGCAAGAAGUCGGGCAGCGCGUGCGACAACGACAUGAACUGCAACGACGACGGCCACAGCUCCAGCAACCCGGACAGCCGCGACAGCGACGACAGCUUCGAGCACUCGGACUUCGAGCACCCCAAGGCGGCCGAGGAUGGCUUCGGCGCGCUGGGCCCCAUGCAGAUCAAGGUGGAGCGCUACGUGGAGAGCGAGGCGGACCUGCGGCUGCAGCCGUGCGAGUCGCUCACGUCGGACAGCGCCAAGGACUCGGACAGCGCGGGCGAGGCGGGCGCGCAGGCCUCCAGCAAGCACCAGAAGCGCAAGCGGCGGCGGAAAAGGCAGAAGGGGGGCAGCGCCAGUCGCCGGCGCCUGUCCAGCGCGUCCAGCCCGGGCCUGGACGCCGCCGGCCUGGUGGAGCCACCGCGGCUGCUGUCAUCACCGCACAGCGCCUCGGUGCUCAAGAUCAAGACGGAGAUCGCCGAGCCCAUCAACUUCGACAACGACAGCAGCAUCUGGAACUACCCGCCCAACCGGGAGAUCUCCAGGAAUGAGUCCCCGUAUAGCAUGACCAAACCCCCCAACUCUGAGCACUUCCCGUCCCCGCAGGGCCAGGGGGGAGGUGGCGGCGGCGGCGGCGGCGGCGGCGGGGGGGGAGCACUGCACGUGGCCAUCCCCGACUCGGUCCUCACCCCACCCGGCGCCGAUGGCGCGGCCGGCCGCAAGACUCAGUUCAGCGGCUCGGCCCCAGUGGCCUCCGACCCGCUGUCGCCCCCGCUCUCCGCAUCCCCACGGGACAAGCACCCCGGGGGCGGGGCGGCGGGCGGCGGCGGGGGUGGCCCUGGUGCGUCCAACUCCUUGCUGUACACUGGGGACCUGGAGGCCCUGCAGAGGUUGCAAGCAGGCAACGUCGUGCUUCCGCUUGUGCACCGGGUGACGGGGACCCUGGCGGCCACCAGCACGGCCGCGCAGAGGGUCUACACCACGGGCACCAUCCGCUACGCACCUGCUGAGGUGACCCUCGCCAUGCAGGGCAACCUGCUACCCAACGCGCAUGCUGUUAACUUCGUGGACGUUAACAGCCCCGGCUUCGGCCUCGACCCCAAGACGCCCAUGGAGAUGCUCUACCACCACGUGCACCGGCUCAACAUGUCAGGACCAUUCGGCGGCGCCGUGAGCGCGGCCAGCCUCACACAGAUGCCCGGUGGCAACGUGUUCACCACGGCUGAGGGACUCUUCUCCACGCUGCCCUUCCCGGUCUACAGCAAUGGCAUCCACGCGGCACAGACUCUGGAGCGCAAGGAGGACUGAGAGGGGGUUGGGUCCCACUCGGAGGCAUCGUCGGAGUUUUUGUUUAGACCUUUCAUUCUAGCACUUUGAAUUCGAGCAGGUCAGCGUCUUCUCACAACACGGCGGCCCCCUUUCCACCCCGCUCUUUUCUUUCAUUGGACUUAUUCUUUCUUGUAAAGACAUGUUUAUUUUUUGCCUUCAGAGGGUCAGAUGACCAGUUGCCUGCCAUUUUGUCUUCUAAGAUGUGUGUUGGGUUGUUUGGUUUUCCUUUGCAUCUUUAUUAAGAUGUCUUUAAUGUGUAUAUGCCUCUGCCAUAGAAUACUCAGUCUUGUGGUCGAGAGAUUUCUCAAGUGACGACCAUUGGGUUUUCUUCCUAAAGAUCUUGAUAUGAUCAAGAUGAAAGAGACACGCAUAAAUGAUUGUGCCCUGUUUGACUAAGUCAAAUGAAAUGGGGUGGGUGUUUUUUGGUUUUCCUGUCCCUAAUUCCUUUGAAAAUAGGGGGAUAGUAUUUUAGAAUUUUAUGCAGAAUUUAAUUCUUUUUAUGAUUAAGAUUUUAAGAUUUUCUUACUUGCACAUAAAAAUAAUUUGGGUUCUUAAACUUAAUUUCUGGCCUGUGACUAGAAUGUUUUAAAAAAAAAUAAGUUGGACUAAGUGGUAAUUACUGAAACAUUAACUUAAUUUCUAAACCAUGGUGCUAUCAUUUAUUAAUCUGUCUUCAUACAAAAUGCAGCUCCCAGGCUGGGAUUUGGAAAAGAAACUGUGUCUUGUCCUGGUCUGGAGCCCUGUUGCUACAGUCUCCUUGGUUAGUUAAGACAAAGCCCUCAUUAACAUUUGCUGCAGGACUUGGAUUUACCUCCCAACUAACAAACAUAGCCUCACUUUCCAUUUAAUGGGUCAGUAAAGCCCUAUUAAAAGGGGGCUUUUGGACAACUCCAACUGAUUUGAGGAGCAGUUUAAGUACAUACUGCCUUUUGUUGAGCUUUUUUUUUUUUUUUAAUCCUUAAUCAGUCUAACUGAGGCUGAUUCCACAACUUCAGUAACAUUUCAGAGGAAAAGGAAGAAAAGGAGAAAUAGUUAACAUGUUUUUUGUUUCUUUGGGAUUUUGUUUUGUUUUCAUUUCUUGCUAAGAAAAAAAAAACAAACACACACAGGUUGUAUUGGGGGCUAAUUUGAUGGAAUUUAUUUCCCUUCGGUUCUUAGUUCUAAGUUGAAACCAACGAGUUUUUAAAACUAAAGGAUGGGUUAAUGAGCUCAGACAGAUAACUGCAACUGAAAACCGCACAUUCAGUGAAGAAAGAAAAAAAAAAAAGAGAAAAAAAAAAGAAAAAAAAUAGCCUCUUUUGUCUUCGUUGCCAGAAAUCAGUGUGGUGUCAAACACUCCAAAUGACUGUCCCGUGUAGAUUCUUCUCCCACUUCGUUGUUGGGCAGCUGUGUGUUAAGGCGUCUAAUACCAGAUGUGAGAACUGUAACGUGUACAACGUGUUCGUGUCCUUGGCUGUGGGUCCCAUUGCAGUUUCAGUGUGUGUUCCUAUAUGCAGUAUAUGCUAAGCUAACGUAGUCGUUUUGUCCACUGUCUUCUCUGUGCUCUGUCUCUAGUGGAGUGGCACAGUCCCAUUCCUGCAGUCCUAGUGAAUCAGUGACUCUUGGGGGUUAGUGGGUUUUCCUGGUGGCCUUUCUCUGUGGCGUCACCUAUACCGCUUCUACCGUCUGUGAAUCCUGUUUUCCUUUGCUAAGUCCUCGCUGUUGCUUUGCUGUUGUAUAUUCCCCUCUCUUUCCCUCCUGGACUCCCCCUUCCUCUCCUCUGCUUCCCUUUCCUGAUACCCCAAAUCUAGUUCAUUCUCAAGAGAUUUAAAAAAAAAAAAAAAAAAAAAAAAAA